AUGGCAGAUCUUCUCGUAUGUCUCACAUUUUAUCCAAUUUGGAUUAUUGAGUUAACACAGACUAUACUAAACAUUGAUAGUGAUCAGGAUCUGUUUUGCAAGUUAAGUCGUUCUACCAUCUGGGCAUUGCUGUUUGCUUCAGUGGCUACACUUCUCGCAAUCACUGUUGAUCGGUAUUUAUAUAUUGUAAAACCUCUGAAAUAUCCGCAGAUUGUAACACGUCGACGAGUUACUCUAGCUAUUUCGGGAAUUUGGUCAACUUCCUGUUGUCUUUGCAUUAUUUUACUAGAUCAUUACAAGAAAUUUGGCUCUGGACUAAGAAGUAUUUGCUACGCAGGUGACGAUGACAUUAUUUUUUUGUUAAUGAGCGUUUUUGUAGGUUAUGUUCCACUUACUUUAAUCUUGAUUCUCAAUUUCCAAAUUUUAAACGUUGCACGGAAACAACGGAAAAGAAUCUUGGCUGAAUCAACGGUAACAGUUAACACUUCCGGCGAACAGUCAUCCAAGAGACUGAUUGGUGUCGUCCGUUUUCUCGUCUGUUUGAAAGCAGCGAAGACAUUUGCUAUUGUUGUUGCAGUCUUGACUUUCUGUGUCCUUACUCCAACCGUGGUUGGCCUGGUGAUCGAACGUUCCUGUGAGUCAUGCUAUCAGAUUUGGUACAUUGUUUUUCAAUUCGAAUUUUAUGGAGUGAACUCAAUUGUAAACGCUUUUAUCUAUGGAAUGAGACAUAUCAAAUACAGAAAAGCUUAUGGAAAUAUUCUUUUGAAAAUACUUCGUUGUAAUAAGCUCACAAACUAA